AAUGAGGCUCAAUAGAUACCCACCAUAAGCGAAGUCUCGUCCGGUGGCCAUCGCGGCCCAUCUUUUCUUCUACCCAACAAAGCCACACCACCACCGCCACUUCACCACGAGCCAUCAGCACCUCGGCAAGCAGCAUCAACAAUGACGGCGGCGACGACAACGACAUGGCCUUCCUUCCUUUCCCACUCGCAAGCAACAACGACAAUGUGAUUUGCUCUCUCCCCCACUAUAAAACCACAUGCGAUCUAUCCCCUACCUCGAUCUUUCUCGCGGCAUCUCUCACCGUCCUUUGGACACCGAUGGUCGAAGCGCUCGCACAUGACUUCUCUGUCCUCGCCUCCAUAUUCUCUCUCUAAUCUACACAUUGGAGCAGGGUGGGCGGCUCAGUGAAGAUGGUGAACGGGUUUGAGUUGCACCAUGAAGCACCGAAGCGGCGGUGCGGUACCGGUGCAGCCGCACAGCCAUCUCGGGCUCCGACCGGCAAGAACAACUUGACUCUCACUUCUCUGGACGACGAUGUGGCAUCGGCGGUCGUUCCCCCGGUCACCGUCUUCCUGGAGGGCCGAUCGAUCUGCCACCUUAUCCGCCUCGACAAGCACACCAGCUACGCGAGCUUAGCUAAGGCGUUGCGCCGCAUGUUCGUCGACGUGGAUGAGGGCGAUGGCCGGCGUGAGGAGGAUGGAGAUGAGGUGCUCCACCUCUCCGACGCAGUGCCUGGCCACAUCGUGGCCUACGAGGACAUGGAGGAUGACCUACUCCUCGUGGGUGAUCUGAACUGGAAAGACUUCGUCCGCGUGGCCAAGAGAAUCCGGAUAAUCCCAGCGAAGCCUAGCCGUCGGAAACAUGCACUCUGAAGAUAUGCAUGCACUAUUAUCACAAAUCAAGUAGGAGUAUUAUUUGAUUUCCGUGGAGGUUCCUCUACUUGGGAUCCAAUGUUCUCGUCUAAGUUUGGAGAGGCAUGAAAUGAUGGACGCCUCACUGUUUCUCGAGGACUCCAUGCGUGGGAGCAUGGCUUUUCUGGUUUCUGUCUUCUUCCUCACGCAAUUGAAAUCCUUCUGCAUGCUCGAACAACAGGCUUUCAAGUCACGGUACUUGUGCUGCUGCUCUCGAUUGCUUUGCAGACAAGCGACUCGUGAUGAAUGUGACCAUUGCAUGUGAUCCAGUGCAUGGCAGUUCUGCCGUG